AUGUCUUGUCUCAAUUGGGAUGGGUUGAAUGACUUUCAAUUUGCUCCAUUGAUUCUAUCAGUUUCUCAGGAUUUUUCUGGCCCGUUAACAAAGACAUAUACCUUGGGAGGGUUUACAAAAUGUCACUGGUCUUUAUCUCGGUCCUCUUUUUUUGAUUAUACACCGACUCUUAUUCUCUACAGACAGACAAAUAAUAUCUCCAUUUUCCGCAUGCUGCAUCUUCUAUUACAAUGUCAUUGUAUUUUGUGUUUGUCAACUCUUCUGUUUUCUGAACUGUCUGACAUCCAUCUGUUCUCAUGUUUAACUUUAUUUAAACAAACAGGCCAAGAAGGCGUGCCGCAGCAAGCAAUGGAAUACAGUAGGGGUCGAUUGCACCAGGGGUGGACCAAUGGAUGUUCGAAAGGAAUAACAUAG